AUGGAAAUUCCUUCUGCAGAAAAUCAAUGUGAAAUAAUUAAGCAAAUUAGGAUACAAGAAAAGAAAACAAUAGAAGAUGGUGUUUAUGCUAUCGAUGGCGAAUGGUAUCGAAGAUAUCUGAGAAUUAUCGGCUUUCGAAAUAAUGAUCCAAUUAAUCUUUUACCAGGACUCAUAGAUAACACAAAAAUUGCUGAAGCAAAUAAAUUAAAAUAUGGAUUAAUCUAUAACUAUGACUAUUUUAUCGUAACAAAGUCACUUUGGAAUUUGAUCAAAUCUUGGUUUGGAACAACCAACGAAAUUCACUUAAAGUUAUAUGAAGAUAUUGAUAGUAAAGAAUUUAAAAUCGACAUAAGCGAUAUCCCUAUCAGAGCUUAUUAUAAAGGCGAAAAGAUAACAAAGAAAAGAAUUUUUGUUGACAGAUUUUCAACAGUUUUAGAUUUCAAAAGAAAGAUUUGUCAAAUAUUUGGCUUCCCAAAUGAUGAUAAACUGAGAGUGAUCAAUUAUGCAAACAACAUUUAUUGCAAUGAAUUAGAAAACAGCAAAUUAAUGACAGACUAUUUGAUUUCAGAAAAUCAAUUGUUUUUGGUUGAUCCAAAAUAUGAAAUUACAAAAGAUUUCAAAUUGUAUGAAACAGAGAAAACAGAGAAGGAUAUAAAAGGAUUAGUGAAUUUAGGUUGCACCUGUUUCAUGAAUGCGGGAACGCAAUGUUUGCUGCAUUCUAAACAAUUGACAGAUUAUUUAUCAAAAAUUGACACAAAAGGAAAAUCACUCAUAUCAGAAUUUGUCAAAUUAUUUAAUAAAGAAGAGAGUCCAUACACGCCAAGCAGUUGGAAAGUUUGCAUAUCAAAAUACUUCGACAGAUUCAAAAACUUUUAUGAGGAAGAUUCACAUGAACUUAUUUUGAGUGUUCUUCAGGAGAUGUCUGAAGAAGAUGAGGGUAUAAAUAAUAUAUUCAAUGGAACAACAGAGGAUGAAAUAAUUUGCAAAAGCUGCAGCCAAAAUAUAAAAAUAAGAGAAAAUUUCAAAUCAAUUUCUUUGCAAAUUCCAAACAAUGACGUUUGCCAAGAAAUAAAAUCAAUAUUUGUUCCAUUUUCUGAUGAAAAUAAAUCAGGAAAAUCAGAAAUCACAUUGUCAGUCACAUAUCUCAUUGAUAGCAAACAAUAUUGUUUUGGUUUUGUUGAUGAUUUGCCUGAAAGAGUUUUGCAUUUUAGUUUUGAAAUUCCAAAUGAUGAAAAGAAAUAUGCAUUUUGCUAUUUUGAAGAUUCCAAUAUCGCACCUUUUUUAUAUAAUGCAGAUUUACUUAAUGAUUCUUUUGAACCCGAAAAACAAGUUUUCCCGAUUGAUUUUAAUACUCACAUAAAGACUUCAAAAACAUCCAGUAGUGUUUUACAGACAAAAUUCAUUUGCAAAGAUAAAGAAAUAAUGAACCAAAGAAAAACAAUUCAUGAUAUCGAUGAUUUCGUUUACACUAUAGAAGUCCAACAGAAUGAAAGAAUGAACUUAUUGAGAGAGAAAGUUUUAGAUGAAGAUGAAUUUGUUUCUUUAAUUUGUGAUGGUGAAGACAAGAGGAAGGAAGAAUUAAAUCAAUCUCCAGUUGAUUUACACAAAUGCUUGGAAAACUAUCUUAAGGAAGACAUCAUUAAAGAGAGGUUUUGCGAAAAUUGCUACCAAAUAUCUGAUGCAUCAAAGAAAACUAAUUUUGUAUCACUUCCAAAUAUUUUAAUGAUUCAUUUAUCGCGAUUUUAUAACGAAGGAAUGAAAACAAAGAAAGAUAUGAGGUGUGUAGAUUACCCUGAUUAUUUAGAGAUAUCUAAUGCAAAAUAUAAAUUAUACGCUGUCUGUUGUCAUGAUGGAGAUUGUCUUGAAGAAGGACAUUACUUCGCUUUAUGUGAAACUUCUGAUGGAAACAUUUAUAGAUUUGAUGAUAGAAAGGUUACCAAGUGUUCUCACAAUGAAAUACAUUCACCAUUUGCAUAUAUCGUAUUUUAUGAUAAAAUAUAA